AUGAGCCAAAUUUUAGCACUUUCUUAUGCUAUCUCUGUAUUUAUUCUUGGCUCCGUUACACUGGCGUAUUGGGUUUCUCAUCGUGGUGACAAGAAUGCCCACAGGAAUAUUUUGAAUGGUAUCGUUCGGUGUUCUUUUGGCCCCCUUGGACUAGUACUCUGUGGCGCUUAUAAACAUUAUUCUGUUGAUGAUGAUGAUGCCAACAAUGAUCAUCAUGAUCAUGGUUCUGGUACCAGUAGUGACCAUGUUAUUAUCAACAUCAGGGAGCUGCCCAAUGUUGACCCCUCCAUGGCUCCAUCCGCAUCCGAUCAAUCCCCGUCGUUGAUUUCAACACUGCGAACUUUGAGGACAACGUCGAAUGUGUCGUUUGUCUCUCCUAGCUCGCCGACGGAGACGAAGUCAAGGUUUUACCGAGCUGUAAACAUGGGUUUCACGCCCAAUGCAUCGACGCGUGGCUUGAGUCGCAGAGUAAGCCUGUUCCAAACUAACGAACCAAGUUCCAGAAAUCUAACUUGUUCUGAUGAGCAUUCAGCAGAUGUGACACCGGUUGUAGUAGACAUCCCGACAACCUUCGAAUUUGGAGAUUUGGGCCCCAUUACAUCCCUGACCCCAUUAUGA